GAGUGGAAGUCCGAGCCUUGAGGGUUGUGCCCAGACCGCAAGGCGGAAUUGGGGCGCAGGUGAUUGUGCGGUUAUGAAAUGUGUACCCAGGAGGCUUUCCAGGCUCAGAGGAGCCAGCUGGUGGGGCUGCUUGUUUCGGGGUCCCUGGAGGGCUUCGAGAGCAUCCUGGACUGGCUGCUUUCCUGGGAAGUCCUCUCCUGGGAAGACUACGAGGGCCUCAGCCUCCUGGGCCAGCCGCUCUCACACUUGGCCAGGCGCCUCCUGGACACUCUCUGGAACAAGGGCACUUGGGGCUGUGAACAGCUCAUCGCGGCCGUCCGGGAGGCCCAGACCGACUACCAGGCUCGGGAGCUGUCCAGCUGCUGGGACCCCCACUCGCCCCACCCAGCCCGGGACCUGCAGAGUCACCGGCCAGCCAUCGUCAGGAGGCUCCACAGCCACGUGGAGGGCGUGCUGGAUCUAGCCUGGGAGCACGGUUUCAUCAGCCAGUACGAAUGUGAUGAAAUCCGGUUGCCCAUCUUCACGUCCUCCCAGCGGGCAAGGAGGCUCCUCGAUCUUGCCACAGUGAAGGCGAAUGGGUUGGCUGCCUUCCUUCUACGUCAUGUUCAGAAAUUGCCAGUUUCGUUGGCCGUGCCUUUUGAAGAUGCUGCAUGUAAGAAGUAUAUGUCCAAGCUAAGGACCACGAUAUCUGCUCAGUCUCGCUUUCUGAGCACCUACGAUGGGGCAGAGAAUCUUUGCCUGGAGGAAAUAUACACAGAGAAUGUUCUGGAAGUCCGGACAGAGCGGGGCCUGGCCGGACUCCCACAGAAGAGCCCUGUGACGCUGGGCCUGGAGGAGCUCUUCGGCACCCGUGGCCACCUCAAUGAAGAUGCAGACACUGUGCUGGUGGUGGGCGAGGCGGGCAGCGGCAAGAGCACGCUGCUACAGCAGAUGCACCUGUUGUGGGCCUCAGGGCGCGACUUCCAGGAAUUUCUCUUCGUCUUCCCAUUCAGCUGCCGACAGCUGCAGUGUGUGGCCAAGCCGCUGUCUGUGCAGACGCUGCUCUUUGAACACUGCUGUUGGCCUGACCUUGGCCAACAGGAGGUCUUCCAGUUCCUCCUUGACCACCCCAACCGUGUCCUCUUAACUUUCGAUGGCUUUGACGAGUUCAAGUUCAGGUUCUCGGAUCGUGAGCGUCACUGCUCUCCGACCGACCCCACCUCUGUCCAGAAUCUGCUGUUCAACCUUCUGCAGGGCAACUUGCUCAAGAACGCGCGCAAGGUGCUGACCAGCCGUCCGGAUGCGGUGUCCGCACUGCUCAGGAAGUACCUGCGUUUGGAACUCCACCUCAAGGGCUUCUCGGAAGAGGGCAUCGAGCUGUACCUGAGGAAGUGCCACCGUGAGCCAGGGGUGGCCGACCGCCUUGUCCGCCUGCUCAAAGCAACCUCACCCCUGCAUGGGUUGUGCCACCUUCCUGUUGUCUCAUGGAUGGUGUCCAAAUGCCACCAGGAACUGUUGUUGCAUGGUGGCGGGUCCCCAAAGACCACCACGGAUCUGUACCUGCUGAUCCUGCAGCAUUUUCUGCUGCAUGCCUCCCCACCAGACUCGGUGCCCUGCGGUCUGGCACCCGGCCUGCUUCAAGGCAGGCUCCCCUCCCUCCUGCACCUGGGCCGGCUGGCUGUCUGGGGCCUGGGCACAUGCUGCUAUGUGUUCUCAGACAAGCAGCUCCAGGCAGCACACAUCGACCGCGAGGACAUUUCUCUUGGCUUCCUGGUGCAUGCCAAGAGCGUUGUGCAGGGGGGCACAGCCCCCCUGGAAUUCCUGCACAUCACCUUCCAGUGUUUUUUUGCAGCCUUGUACCUUGUGCUUAGUGCUGACUUGUCGCCGUCCUUGCUCAGACAACUCUUCAGUUGUCACGGGCCACGCAGCUCGCUGCUGGCCCGGCUGCUGCCCCCCAUGUGCGUGCCACGCUCAGAGCACCAGGAGGGCAGCACGGCCGCUUUGCUGCAAGAGGCUGAGCCCCACAACCUCCAGAUCACAGCAGCCUUCCUGGCGGGGCUGCUGUCCCGGGAGCACCAGGGCCUGCUGGCUGGGAGCCAGGUGUCCGAGAAGGCCCUGCUCCAGCGUCAGGCCUGCACCCGCAGCUGUCUGUCCCGCAGCCUCUGCAAGCACUUCCACUCCAUCCCUCCGGCCGUGCCGGGGGAGGCCAAGAGCAUGCACGCCAUGCCUGGCUUCAUCUGGCUCAUCCGGAGCCUGUACGAGAUGCAGGAGGAACGGCUGGCCUGGGAGGCCGUGCGGGGGCUCAAGGUCGGGCACCUGAAGCUGACGUUUUGUGGCGUGGGCCCCGCGGAGUGUGCUGCCCUGGCAUUUGUGCUGCGGCACCUCCGGCAUCCCGUGGCCCUGCAGCUGGACCACAACUCUGUAGGGGAUGUUGGUGUGGAGCAGCUGCUGCCUUGCCUCAACGUCUGCAAGGCUCUAUACUUGCGGGAUAACAACAUUUCAGACCGAGGCGUCUGCAAGCUCGUGGAGCGUGCCCUGCACUGUGAGCAGCUGCAGAAGUUAGCAUUCUUCAACAACAAACUGACCGAUGGCUGUGCACCCUCCAUGGCCAGGCUCCUCUCGUGCAAGCAGAACUUCCUGGCGUUAAGGCUGGGGAAUAACCACAUCACUGCCACAGGAGCCCAGGUGCUGGCCGAGGGGCUCAGAGCCAACGCCUCCUUGCAGUUCUUGGGGUUGUGGGGCAACAAGGUGGGUGACGAGGGGGCCCAGGCCUUGGCUGAAGCCUUGGGGGAUCACCAGAGCUUGAGGUGGCUCAGCCUAGUGGGCAACAACAUUGGCAGCACGGGGGCUCAAGCCUUAGCAUUAAUGUUGGAAAAGAACGUGUCACUGGAAGAACUCUGCCUGGAGGAGAACCGUCUCCAGGAUGAAGGUGUGUGUUCUCUUGCCGAAGGACUUGAGAGGAAUUCAAGUUUGAAAGUUCUGAAGCUGUCUGACAACUGCAUCACCUACUUUGGGGCAGAAGCCCUCCUGCGGGCCCUGGAAAGGAAUGACACCAUCCUAGAAGUCUGGCUCCGAGGCAACUCGUUCUCUGCUGAGGAAGUGGAGAGGCUCGGCCAGAGAGACACCAGACUCUUGCUGUGAAGCCUGGGGGCCAAUGUUGAUCUCAGCAUGUUUGCGAGCAGGCUGCGGGUUUGGACCCCUAAAGCUGGAUUACAGAGCCGUGUCCUGCCCAGGUCAGGGCUGGCGGAGUGGGUCAUCUCUGUUUCAGCAGAGGAAGGAGCAACAGGGUCCUUCAGAGCAAACUUUUCUGCAGCCGAUUUUGCGUCCGGUUCUGCCCAAGAUUCAGUCCACGGAAUGCAGCAGAAGGGCAGCUCCUCCCUGCCUUCUGCUGAUCUGACAUAGGACAGCGGGGCCCAUGGAUGUUAUCGUAUCCUUGUGGGUUCGAGACCUGGAUCCGCAGGAGAGGCCCCUUCCCGCCUGACUCACAAUGAGGAGGGGGACUCAGGACGCAACUUUCUGCCAGGUUUUCACUCCUGGGUGGUCAUCUCUCCAGGCUGUUCCCCACAUCUGGCCCCUCUCCCCGUUCUGGAUCCCCCUGCACGUGGGAAGGAUUCAGAAUACUCGAUGUUUUCAGCUUUGAUAUUUAGAGUCACAAAUGCAGGGUGGGAAGGUCUAUAAUUUACCUGCUGUCCUUCCCGAUACUUAAGACAUUAUUGAAAGGGGACACGUGACAGCCACUUAUUUCCCCCAGACAUUCUGGAUUUUCAAGGAAAAUAAGACCACACUACAGCUGAUAUCGCACACACACUUUUAUUUCUGGGGAAAUCAAUUAGUCUUCAGUUAAGCUUUUGGAAGCCGCUCUCCACCCAAACGCAGUGUUGUGGAAUCAGUCCUGGCCAGGAUUUGGAGCGAUUCUGCCAGGGCUCUGGCUGGUGCCUGGGAGAGGGACUCUGACAGCAGACUUCCAAAAUAGAUUCAAAAGAGGUGGUUCGGUGUUACGUGAUAGAAAGUUAUGGAUCAGAAGUUUACAGGGGCAAGAUCAAAGACUUUUCCUUAUAAGACAGAUGUUUUCCCGGACUUUUUUUUUUUUUCCCCCAAAUGUUGCAUGUUGAAGCCUCUGUAAACUGUCAGAUGCUGUGCAAGUGUUAUUACUUAAACAUUAUUAUUUGUGAACACUGGUUAAUAUUUACAAACCA